AUGAGUUCUGGCGCCGUCUUCUGGCCUGCAGAUGGUUCUCCUCUGCACCUCCUUCCUAGGCCCCUGACAUAUAUGGGAUCGCAGACUAAGAAGGCCCUGCUGAUGCCCCUCGUGCACCCAGCUCGCCCUUUUAGGGUCUCAAACCAUGACCGAAGCAGCCGGCGUGGGGUGAUGGCCAGCAGCCUGCAGGAGCUUAUCAGCAAGACUCUGGAUGUCCUGGUCAUCACAGCUAGCCUGGUCACACUGGUACUGGAGGAGGAUGGUACCGUGGUGGACACAGAGGAGUUCUUUCAGACCUUAAGGGACAACACGCAUUUCAUGAUCUUGGAAAAGGGACAGAAAUGGACACCGGGCAGUAAGUAUGUCCCAGUCUACAAGCAACCAAAGAAAUCGGGAAUAGCCAGGGUUACCUUCGACCUGUAUAGGCUGAAUCCCAAGGACUUUCUCGGCUGCCUCAACAUCAAGGCCACCAUGUAUGAGAUGUACUCGGUGUCCUAUGAUAUCCGAUGCACAAGUGCCAAGGCCAUGUUAAGGAGUCUGCUUCGAUUUGUGUCCUAUGCUGCCCAGGUAGCAGGACAGUUCCUGGUCUACGCAGGCACAUACAUGCUCCGAGUACUGGCCGAUACGGAAGCACAGCCAUCUCCCAAGCCUAACGCCAAGGGCUGGUUCAUGUAAACAGGUCACAGCUCCAGAGCUCAGGUGUAUGCCUUUCUGGUAGAUGUACUACCUUCGUUUAUAGGCUGUGGGAUGCCAGGGGAAGCAAGGGGACUUGGUGGUACAUGGUGCAGGGCUCAGCUGCAGGAUUCCUGCAGGGGAAGGGGACCACAGAGGAGCCUUUCAAGGGUCUUCAGAUGGGACUAACAAACAGCACAAUGUCUGGGAGGAGCAUGCAUAUGAAUUAGACUGUGUGGAUCCUUGCCUAUUGUAAUAAAGCAAUCACAAGAAUCACUUUAGGACAUGCCGUGCUUCCUUGCACACGGUUUGUCUCUUCAGAGGUGACCACACUUUCACACAGAACAAAAACAAUAACCAAAGACAGAAAGAUAGGUACCACUGAAGUCUAAUGUUUCUUUUUAAUUUUAUUAUAUUGUCUUGUGUGGGGGAAGGUUGCCUGUUACACGGCUAGGCACCAUGUGCAUGCAGUGCCCCAGAAGGCCAGAAGAUGGCAUCAAAUCUCUCCAGAUGAGUUACAGACAGUUAUGAGGGUGCUUAGGGCAGACCCUGGGUCCGGACACAGGAAGAGCAAUCAGUGCUCUUAACCCCUGAGCUGUGUUCCCGCCCCAUUGCUGUUUAAUCUUUAUCAGUACUCACUGCAAAAGGAAUGAUCUGUCACACAAGCCACAGUUUUACUUGGUUUA